AUGACGACCACGAUGGCUGGGCAGAGUGUGACGCUAGAGUUCCUGCAGAGUCUGAGCGACACAGGCAAGAAGGAGGCGCUUCAGUCCGCCAUGGCGUGGUGCUCCACCAAGGAGUUGCGCAGUUUUUGUGGCGGUAUGGGCGUGCGCGUGCGCAGUAAGGAGUACGCGGCUUACCAAACCAAGGCGGGCUACACGGAGUUGCUGACCCAGUUGCUGCGAGCCAAGAGCGCUAAUAAACAGCUCGUGGUGGGGCCAGCACCGUCUCCUAUCGUCGUGACGCCAGUAGAGCGAACGCGAAAGACUAAGAACUGCAACCUGCGCCUGCUCAACGUGCUUUUCUCGGACCGAAUGGCGCUGUAUUUGAAAGGAAUGAACGCCGAGCCGACACAGGCGGAGAUGGACGCAGGAGUGGUGGGAGGUAACAAUCCCUUUUGGACCAGGUUCCGAGCAGAGUUCAUUGCCAGCAAAGCCGAGUACAGUCGUCUGGCUUUCCAGGGACCCAGCCUCACGGGCUUCAAUCUUUCCACUCCAGUGCCACAUUCCAGCACCAAGUUGAGUGAAAUGUGGGCCGAGUUAUGGGGAGCGUAUAACAGUGCUCUCAUCCGGUUCUCACACUCCACAGACCCACAUUUGGAGUUCGCAGAUUGCUGCCCCAGUCGGAGCGAUGUGUACUACAUGCGAUUGUGGCUUGGCGUGAAGCCGAAUUUGCUAUCGGAGAUCUGUGCGCCGCUGCCAGGAACUACGACAGUGAACAGCGAAGCUCCUAAUUCGUCAGAGAGUGGAAAUGAAGGAAUCACGAGUUUUGUGGCGAUUCGACCUGCUCCAAUGGAGCGUGUUGAGCAUAUGACUCGAAAGCGUCCGCGCACUACCAUGAAUCGAAUGACGAGGGAGGCUGAGUUAGGAGCGACAUCAUCUGAGACGCAGAAAAAGGAUGCAGUGAGAGCGUUUCUGAUCCAAUCGAUUCGGCAUUCGGCCGAGAUUUUGACGAUAGCGCGUAGAUCGGAUCUUGGAUCCGAGGUUGAGGAGACUGUAAGAUGUGAACUUCAGCAGUGUACGAAACGCUUGAAGAGGAUCCAGCAGGAGGAGAAGGAAGAGGGCGAAUAG